AGUUAAAUGGUAUUCUCUUGAUAUUUUCAGGUUCUAGAUUCGUCUAACUUUGUUGAUUGUGCAAGAUGGUGACCGCCAAGAAGCAGAAAAAAGCCUUGGAAAGCAUCAACGCCCGUCUGGCGCUGGUGAUGAAGUCGGGCAAAUCGUGCCUGGGCUACAAACAGACGCUACGCACCCUCCGCCAAGGAAAGGCCAAGCUGGUCAUCAUUGCCAACAACACGCCGCACCUCCGCAAAUCGGAGAUUGAGUAUUACGCUAUGCUGGCCAAGACUGGUGUUCACCAUUACAAUGGCAACAACAUUGAGCUGGGCACGGCUUGUGGUAAAUACUUCCGCGUGUGCACCCUCUCGAUUACCGAUGCCGGAGACUCCGAUAUCAUUCGCAGCUUGCCGGAAGCACAGGCCGGUGGACAGUAAACGACGGUGAUGCGCGCUGUAUAUAAUCCGCUCU